AUGGCCAGGGUCUACAUCACCACAGUCUACUUAAUAGCUGUACUUGUACAGCUGGAUUAUGAGUAUUAUUAUGAUCUUCCCACUGAAAUCCCAGCAGAAGAUGAUUAUUUGACUCUAGAUGACUGGUUGUAUGAACUCCUGGAUGACCCCUCAGAUAGUACAAAUAACUGUGAUCCCAAUCCAUGUUUGAACGGAGGUUUGUGUGACACCGUUCUUAAUGGGGGCUUCAUAUGUUCGUGCCCUGAGCCCUACACAGGAAAGAAGUGUCAAACAGUGAAAGAUGUUUGCAAGAAUGCGAAGUGUGGGCAGGGAAACUGCGUUGUCACAUCUACUGCGCCAUUCUACGAGUGCAAGUGCAAGCCUCCGUACAAACCACCCAACUGCAGAAAAGCUUCGCCCUGCAGACCCAAUCCUUGUCAGAAUGGAGGCUCCUGCAGGAGGGGUCCCAAACGCUCCUCCUCCUUUCAGUGUUCCUGUCCUGCUGGAUAUAAUGGGAAGUUCUGUGAAGUUGACCCAAAUGACUGUUACCAAGAGGAUGGAGAGUUUUAUCGGGGCAUGGUGAGUGUAACAGUUGAUGGGGAAGACUGUCUGGACUGGAAUUCCUAUUUCGUCCUGCAGAAAGGGGGAGAUCCUUUUAAAGAAUAUGCCGGGUUUGAUGGAAUUGGACCACACAAUUAUUGCAGGAACCCUGAUGGAGAUGAUCAGCCCUGGUGCUUCAUCAACAAAAAUGGCACACUGAAGUGGGGCUAUUGUAAUAUCAAGAAAUGUUCUGCAGUUCCAGCCACCCCACCAACCGUCCAGGAAACAGAUCCAACUCCAGCCAAGCCGGAUGUGGCUGCUACCCCAUUCUUCCAGUGUGGGAGGCCGCAGCCCGGCCGCUCGGCCAGGAUCUUUGGAGGGAAAAAGUCUCUACCUGGCGCACAUCCGUGGCAGGUUUCCCUGCAGACCAGACCCAUGCAGUCCACCGGGCCCUUCAACCACAUCUGCGGAGGCAUCCUCCUUGAGUCCUGCUGGGUUCUCACUGCUGCACACUGCAUUAAAAGUGGAAUGGAAAUGCAAGUGGUGAUGGGAGGAGUGGACAUAGAGAAGGAUGAAGUAUACGACCAGGUGAUUCCUGUGGAGAAAGCCAUUGUGCACGAGGAUUAUAAGGAGAGCCCCUUUGCUCUUCAUAAUGAUGUUGCCAUGCUGAAGCUGAAAGCCAUCAACCAGCCGUACUGCGCUAAAGAAACACGUUUUGUAAAGACAGCCUGCCUGCCAACCCAGCGCUUCGACAGCGGGACCGAGUGUGUGAUCUCAGGAUGGGGUGUGACUGAAACACAGAAAUAUGGUACCAACCAACUUCUGGAUGCUCGUGUUCUCCUGAUCUCUCAGGAGAAAUGCAAAGCUCCCCACGUCUACGGAGACUCACUGGAUGACAGCAUGUUCUGUGCAGGCAACAUGAAAGGAGGUGUCGACUCCUGCCAGGGAGACUCUGGUGGUCCUCUGGUGUGUGAGCGUAACGGGACUCACUACGUCGUUGGAGUGGUGAGCUGGGGUGACGGAUGUGGCAAGAAGUACAAGCCUGGUGUUUACGUCAACGUCCGCAGAUUUAUCGACUGGAUUGCUUAUAAUUUACUCCGAUAAGGAUGGGUCUGGCCUCACUGACACUGUAUAUGAUAAUCACAGACUUGCUACCGCUGACUCUGAGUUAAAAUCAUAAAAAUGAUGUUUGAUGUUUGAUGUUUGUCAAAGCUCUCUCUCAAUCCAGAAUGGCAGAGCAUUAAACUUGUGACACAUUACCUCAAUAUGUAUUGUUAUAAGUCACCUAUA